AUGCUGCGGGACUUUGGGGUCAAGGUCACCGGCGUUGACUUUUCGCAAGAGGUGAUCAAUGCCAAUCGACUCCGCCAUCCGGAGAUCCAGUGGGAAUGUGUGGAUGCACUCAAUUUGGCCAGACAUUUCGAGCCAAACUAUUUCGAUGCCAUCGUUGGGAAGACGCUGAUCGAUUGCUUCAUGACGAGGACCGAUGCCGCUGGCUCGAUCCGACAGCUCAUGCAACAGUGCCACACGGUUCUGAAGGAUCAUGGUUGUGUGAUGCUCUUGGACAAGGCGUGCGCCGAGAGCAUCAUCGGCCGGGGGAAGGCGCGGCAGAUCACGGUGGAGAUGCACAAGACCAUGACCUUCAGAAUACUCCACGUCAUCCCAAGAUGGAGACCUCAUACACAAGACAGUGCUCCUUGCCAGAGGCAAUGGGAGCUCGAGAUCGAGCCUAGUUUGCAAAAGCACUUUGUAGUGCGCCCAGCUGCAGCAGGCAGCGGGUCGUUGCAGGUGUGGUCGACGGACAAUGUGGCCAACAUGGCGGGAGUUGAAACCGGAGACAUUGUCCUAGGCUACCGCAAAAGCGGUUGCAAGACGAUGUCUGUGGGCAGCGCCACUGAGACGGCCCGAGCGAUCCGGACGUCCAACAAGAAGCUCACCCUUCUGAUGGAGCGGCCAGCCGCUGGUGCGAGCCGCCGGAAGACCGUCUCGUUGAAGACGAGGCUGAUGUCCCGGCAAUCUACCUCUCAGUCAGAUUCUUGGAGGGAAUCCUGGCAGUUGUGAACAUCAACAUGCUUUGCUCAUGAUGAUUCGCUCAAUUGGGAUGUCACUGGUUUGAAAGUUUCAGUCUUGCCAGUGCAAAGGGAUUCUGGUGUUGGGGCGAUGCUUUUGCUUCCCUUUUGCCUUCCACGAGUGCAAGUUCUGGGCAUGCACAGUCUGCAACAUGGGUGCAGUCUUGCAGUGACCCAUCUUGUUCCCUCGACCAUCACCUCCAGAGAGAGAUGAGGACGUUGGCACCGGGGAAGCGCAUGGCUUGUUUGCACGUGUUUUCUGCCGAAGCAGAGCCAUCCAACACCAACCAGAAGAGGAGCCAGAGGAGAGUUCUGCGUGUCAGGCCCUUCUGGAGCUUUUAAGGAGAAACCACUGCCAUCCAUAGGAGUUCUUGCAAAGGAAUGCACCACUUUCGACAAUAGCACCUAGCUCAUGACCAAGCACUUCUUUUGCAUCGAAUCUAUACAGUCACUUCAAGCAUUUCACGUCAACCAGGUCAACUUGAUCCUGAAGCCAGCUGGAAACUGUGCACUACAAGCCAGCUGGGUUUGUCCAACAGUCAUGUGAUUUUACGUGUGUGCUUUGGUUAGUCUGGC